AGAGACGUGACACUUUAAACCUAAUCCGAGUCAAUAAAAUGCUGCCAAACAAACUGGACUAUAACAUGGAGGACAUUAACAAGGAGGACAUUACCCUGGACUAUAACAUGGAGGACAUUACCCUGGACUAUAACAUGAAGGACAUUAACAAGGAGGACAUUACCCUGGACUAUAACAUGGAGGACAUUACCCUGGACUAUAACAUGAAGGACAUUAACAAGGAGGACAUUACCCUGGACUAUAACAUGGAGGACAUUACCCUGGACUAUAACAUGAAGGACAUUAACAAGGAGGACAUUACCCUGGACUAUAACAUGGAGGACAUUACCCUGGACUAUAACAUGAAGGACAUUACCCUGGACAUUAACAUGGAGGACAUUACCCUGGACUUUAACAAGGAGGACAUUACCCUGGACUUUAACAAGGAGGACAUUACCCUGGACUAUAACAUGGAGGACAUUAACAAGGAGAACAUUACCCUGGACUUUAACAAGGAGGACAUUACCCUGGACUAUAACAUGGAGGACAUUAACAAGGAGGACAUUACCCUGGACUAUAACAUGGAGGACAUUACCCUGGACUAUAACAUGAAGGACAUUACCCUGGACAUUAACAUGGAGGACAUUACCCUGGACUUUAACAAGGAGGACAUUACCCUGGACUUUAACAUGGAGGACAUUACCCUGGACUAUAACAUGGAGGACAUUACCCUGGACUUUAACAAGGAGGACAUUACCCUGGACUAUAACAUGGAGGACAUUACCCUGGACUUUAACAUGAAGGACAUUAACAAGGAGGACAUUACCCUGGACUUAAACAUGAAGGACAUUAACAUGAAGGACAUUACCCUAGACUAUAACAUGGAGGACAUUAUCCUGGACUAUAACAUGGAGGACAUUAGCCUGGACUAUAACAUAGAGGACAUUAGCCUGGACUUUAGUACAGACUUUGAGGGACUCUGAUGUGGACUAACAUGGACUUCAGCGCAGACUUUAACUCGUGUGCACUUUAAGGUGGA